AUGUCUGAUAAGUACAAGUACCGUGUUGAGAUCCAACAAAUGAUGUUCGUUUCCGGCGAAAAUAACGAGCCACCAGUGGAAACAACAUCGUUAAUUGAAGAUAUUGUUAGAGGCCAGGUUGUGGAGAUCUUGCUUCAGGCUACAAGAACUGCGAAUUGUAGAGGAAGCAAGAGUAUUGUCCCAGAAGAUGUGAUUUUCUUGAUCAGACACGAUAAAGCCAAGGUGAACAGAUUGCGUACGUAUUUGUCUUGGAAGGAUCUUAGAAAGAAUGCGAAGGACCAAGACGCGCAGCAAGCAGCUGCCGCUGGUGCCGGGGGAGCAGAAGGGUCUGGAGGUGCAGGAAUAGAUGAUGAUGAUGCCGCAAAAAAGGACAAAGAUGGGGCUGGGGUUAACAUGAAGGUGAAAAAGUCCAGUAUCAAACUUCCAUGGGAAUUACAGUUCAUGUUCAACGAACAGCCCUUAGAGAAUGCAGAUGAGGAUGACAUGGACGAUGACGAAAGAGAAGCCAAUAUAGCGACUUUGAAAAGAUUGAAAAUGGCUGAUGACAGAACAAGAGGUAUGACAAAAGAAGAAUACGUACAUUGGUCGGACUGUCGUCAAGCCAGUUUCACCUUUAGAAAGUCAAAGAGAUUUAAAGAUUGGUCUGGUAUUUCACAAUUAAUCGACAGUAAGCCGCACGAUGAUGUUAUUGAUAUUCUCGGGUUCUUGACCUUUGAAAUUGUCUGUGCCAUCACUGAAACGGCUUUAAAGAUCAAAACAAGGUACGAAAGAAUACGAAGCAUGAAGACACAGUCACAACUACAAGAAUAUAGCGUUGGUGUUAACAGAAGGAAGAAAAGGCUAUUCGAUGGCCCAGAUAACGUUGUAAACCCUUUGAAACCUGAACAUAUCGAAGAGGCUUGGCGUGUUUUGCAAACUGUUAACAUGAAAUACAGAGCUUUGUCCAAUUACAAAGGUGGCAGACUCACAAGCAGAACGGUUAUUAUGUGA